AUGAAUAUAAGUGGUACUCUCAAUGCUUUUCGAGUAGUGUAUAACCCCAGGAUCUGUAUGCCUCAGCUGGCCGUGCCCACGUUUAAUGACCUGCCCAUUCCGAUAAAUCCCAACAUAAAAGCUGUGGUCUUGGAUAAGGAUAACUGUUUUGCCUAUCCUCGAGAGAACCAGGUCUGGCAUGCUUAUUCUGAUAAGUGGUUAGAUCUUAAAAAGAAAUAUCCUGGGGCGGCACUUUUAGUGGUCAGUAAUACUGCUGGGUCGAAUGAUGAUAGGGAUUAUAGAGAGGCACAAUUGCUCGAGAAAGACCUUGGAACGUGUGUAUUGAGGCAUAGCGUCAAGAAGCCUGGUUGCGGACAAGAGGUAAUGAAACACUUCUAUGAGAAUAAAAUAGUGGAAAGUCCUGAUCAAGUAGCCGUAGUGGGGGACAGAUUGUUUACUGAUGUCAUGAUGGCUAAUUUAAUGGGAUCCUACAGCGUAUGGAUUAGAGAUGGUGUCAAGAUUUCAUCAAAUCCAAUAGUGAAGUUUGAGAAGGCUUUGUAUUCAAUGUUUAAGCCAUCGUGA